CAAGUUUCCUACGGACCAACGAACAAGAUUCUUGUUGUCUGGUCUGAAAGUGUAUUAUUAUUGUUCUUACUGUAAAAGCAACCAUGAAGUUUGCAGUAGAAGGAUGCUGUCAUGGCGAAUUGGACAAGAUUUAUGAAACAAUUGAGUAUAUUGAAAAAAGGGAUGAUAUCAAGAUAGAUCUGUUGAUAUGCUGUGGAGAUUUCCAAGCAGUAAGAAACCGAUCGGAUCUAAGGUGUAUGGCUGUUCCGCCGAAGUUCCAGAAGUUGAACACAUUUUACAAGUACUACUCUGGAGAAAAGAAGGCACCGAUUCUUACCUUAUUCAUAGGCGGUAACCAUGAGGCGUCUAACUACUUAGGAGAACUACCCUAUGGUGGAUGGGUCGCACCUAACAUUUACUAUAUGGGCUAUGCAGGAGUUGUAAGGUUUGGUGGUUUGCGAAUUGCUGGCAUAACGGGGAUCUUCAAGGGACAUGAUUAUCUGAAGGGGCACUUUGAGAAGCCGCCAUAUGGAGAAGAUACAAAGCGUAGUGUUUAUCACGUACGCAACCUAGAGGUCUUCCGGUUAAAACAACUCACUGAAGAUAUAGAUAUCUGCAUUUCACAUGACUGGCCACGUGGCAUCUAUAACCAUGGCAACACUGCACAGCUGCUCCGCAACAAGCCUUUCUUCCGCGAAGAGGUGGAAACAAACAAGCUAGGCUCGUGGCCUGCACAGGAGCUGAUGGAUAAGCUACAACCCACCUAUUGGUUUUCUGCACAUCUACAUGUAAAGUUUGCUGCUGUGGUACAGUACGAGAAUGAAGAAUCGGAUCAGGGCCAAAAGACGACCAAGUUUCUUGCCCUAGACAAAUGCCUACCUAGACGUAAAUUUUUACAGGUUAUUGACUUCAAAGAGACAGAAAACACACGACUGGAGUUGGAGUAUGACAAGGAGUGGCUUGCGGUGCUGCAGAACACCAACCACUUGUUAAACACAACAAGGGUCACACAAUAUAUGCCUGGACCGGGCUGUGGAGGAAGGCACAACUUCACCCCCUCAGAGGCUGAACUGAGGCGAGUCGAUCAAGCAUUAGGUGGAAACUAUGCAGUUCCUAAAAAUUUCCAGCAGACUGUACCACCGCACUCAAUUGCAAACCCAGACGCACAAAAGUCUGUUGCACCUGUUUGUAUGGUGAACCCACAGACAGUAGUGCUGUGCCAGAAACUGGGACUGGAUGACCCCCAUAGCCUUCUCAUGGGACAGUCUAUGACCAGUCCGAUAUAUUAUCCGUUCCCGAUGGAGUCACCAAAUGCUGAUGAGAGCAACGUUACUGCUGGUGAGCCAUCAGACGACACGUACGCAUCGUUCAACCCCGAUGAGAUAACUGUGGACUUGGAAGAUGACAGCAGCAGUAGUAGUGGCAGUCCCAAACUCUCGCACCACAGCGCUCCUGGUGGUGACAUGCCGCAGCAGAUCGGCUUACACGAUGAGCAGGACACGAGUGGCAUUUUGUCCACAGAGCUUUCAGAUGGUGAGGAAAAUGCAUCGGACUCGUGCUGCAAGCCACUUGCAGCCUCGUCGGAAUUGCGUCAGGGCAGCAACGGAGACUCGAGAAUGAGAGAGGUGGAGAAGGACAGUGACACUAACACUUCAGAAGUUUGCCUGCUCGCUGGCAGCUCUACACACACCAGUGUUGAAAUUCUUGAUCAUGAGCACUUAGAGGAGAAAGGUACACCAGUAAUACCAGCAGCAAGUCCAAAGAGGGACAGUGAAUAUGUUAAAGUGGAAGGAAGACAAGUGAAGAAGUUCCGACGAAGAAAUGCCGCCAUCUAUCAGGCGCAAAGUGAAGAUAGCUCAUGAUCAGUAACUAGUGCUCCUUUUAUGUGGAUUUCUACUAGAGACAUCUAGUGGUUUGAUGAAUUUAUCUAGUCAGGGUUCUCCCUACGUUGCGCAAACGGGGCGCGCGCCCCCCGUUUGGAAAAACUCCCCCCUGUUUGAAUCGUU